ACCAACCAACUGGCAACAUGAAGUGGCUACUAGUCGCCCUCGCUUGUAUCCAGCUCUCGGAAUGUGUGAUCAGAAUGCCUUUGAUUAAGGGCAAAUCUGCCCGUGAUGUUCUCCAGGAGAAAGGGCUGCUGGAAGAAUUCCUGAUGAAACAUCCAUAUGAUCUCUGCUCAAAAUAUCAAGUGCCCUACUGCACCCAAUCUCUGGAUACAACGGAACCAAUGAUUAACUACCUGGAUUUGUCAUACUAUGGAGCAAUCAGCAUUGGGAAUCCACCACAGAGUUUCACCGUCAUCUUUGACACUGGCUCAUCCAAUCUCUGGGUCCCUUCAGUUUACUGCUCUGAACAGUCAUGCACAAUGCAUCACAGAUUCAAUCCCAGUGCAUCUUCAACAUAUCAUUCCAACAACCAGGGUGUAUCUAUCCAGUAUGGUACCGGCGCCAUGAAUGGAAUAUUGGGAUAUGACACUGUCAGAAUUUCAAACAUCAAUAUCCGCAAUCAAGAAUUUGGUCUCAGCACUAGUGAACCCGGUGGCUUCUUUUCCUACGUGAAGUUUGAUGGAAUUCUGGGCAUGGGCUACCCAUCUCUUGCAGCAUCAGGAGCGACAACUGUAUUUGAGAACUUAAUGUCUCAGCAUCUGGUGGAUGAGCCUCUCUUUUCUGUCUACCUGACCAGACAGGAUGGUGCAUCUGGAAGUGAAAUUGUGUUUGGUGGAAUUGACUCAAGUCACUACACAGGUCAAAUUCACUGGGUUCCCGUCACUCGUGAGGCCUACUGGCAAAUCCUCAUUGACCGGGUGACAAUCAAUGGGCAGGUUGUGGCCUGCAGUGGAGGUUGUCCAGCCAUUGUUGACACUGGCACUUCUCUCCUUGUUGGUCCCAGCACACCCAUCAACACCAUUCAGCAGUACAUUGGAGCAACUCCAGAUUACUAUGGCCAGGACACCAUAAGCUGUAACAAUCUGUACAACAUGCCCAAUGUGGUCUUCACAAUCAAUGGAGUCGACUUCCCCCUUCCUCCACAAGCCUACACUUUGCAGAGCACUUACAACAACCAAAGAAGCUGCAUGAGUGGAUUUGGUGUUACUGGUGGAAGCCUCUGGAUUCUGGGAGAUAUUUUCAUUGGGGAAUAUUAUUCCAUUUUCGACGUGGGGAACAACCGUGUGGGCUUGGCUAAAGCUGCUUAAUUCCUUCGUUUACAUUCUCAUUAAAAACACACCCUGAUUGGUAUUUCUGGGCUGACGUGCAGUGAUCACAUCGUUCUCCAGCACUGCAGUUGUCACAUGGCUUCACAGUAAAUUCUUCAUCUUUUGAAUGACUACGAAUAAAGAUAUACCAUUGGCAAUAGGCUGGGGACUGUGCUCAGCAGUGCUCCACAUUAACUUACAACAAAUGAAUGUGAAUAAAUCCCUUGUCAGGGUGGGUUUUUAAAGAAAUAGACUAAGGACACUGGAUCUGGAUUUGAAAUGAGAACAUAGAGACAGUCUCACUAUUCCCACACUUUGAUUGUGUAGCACUUUUACUUGGUUCUUUCUUGGUUCUGACACUCGCUGUGAUAAACUCUUGGAGCUGUGAUACUCUCCAGAGAUGUGCAUGUUUCUGUUGAAGGUGGACGUUGUCUGCAGCGAAAUCUGAGUUGGUGUAAAUGUGAUCCUAACACCACACAGCUGCCUGCUCUAUUCUCUGGAAUCUUGUCAUUACAAUAGCUUCUAAAACUAUAUAAUAUAAUAAAAUCAUGAAAUGCAA